AUGUGGUUUACUAUGUCUCUUUCAACCAGAGAUUCAACUUAUGAUGCUGGUCCACAAUUACUUAGGGAUAUAUGGGGCCUCACGGCGGUCGCCAUUGUGGUUGUGUUUCUGAGGAUCGUCGCGAAGUACAGGAUUAGGAAGUUCGGUGCAGAUGAUCUGUUGAUGGCUUUCGCAUUGUGCAUGGCUCUUGUCGGCUCGAUUAUGAUCACCCUGGCUAUCCAACUUGGCUUUGGUCAGAAGGUGUCGGCUCUUAGUGAUGCCGCCGUGUCGAAAGUUAUCAUGCAUGACUAUUUGAGUCAGACAUUUGGCCUUGCUGGAGGUACCAUAGGUCGGAUAUCAUUUAUUGUCUUCGUCAUCGGGCUACUGGCGCAGAGAUCAUCCCAAAAAAUCGCGUUGUGGACCUUGGCCGGUGCGCAGGUCGUGGUUAAUUCCUUGCUCAUCAUCAUUAUUUUUGUCCAAUGUCCAGGACAUGCAUCGGCGAUAUGGAGCCAUUCCGGCAAGGAAAAAUGCUGGAGUUUGAAAGUGCAGGCUGACUAUGGGUACUUCCAAGGAGCUUUCAAUGCGGCAACCGAUCUGGGUCUUGCAACCUUCUCCACAUACAUCUUCUGGAACUUGAACUUGAAAUUACGGGUCAAGGCGGGAUUGGUGGUUCUGCUUGGGCUGGGAAUAUUUGCGAUGAUCGCUGCAAUCAUCAAAACAGUACAAACACGUGUUCUCGCAAGUUCAGAUAAUGACCCUACGAUCGCGACAGUCACCUACGAUCGCUGGCUAUUCAUCGAGACGUAUCUAGUAAUCGUCACCACCUCCAUUCCUUCCAUACGCUCCCUGUUCCGAUCCAUGGAUGGCCGCAAAAUCGGCAGAUAUGAUACGGGUGUUAUGGGCUCAGUCCUCGCCUUGGACAGCUUCAAGAAAGAUUUCGGUCUCCCAACAUCAUCGUCCGGCUUCGCCAGCACCGCGAAUGUCCAUGUAUCCUCAAAUGAGGAGGUGCAAAGGGAGAUUGCUGAGAUCUUUGCUGCAAUUGAAGAAGAGACUGCCCAAACCGAGGGCGUGACGUGGAAGGAGUGCCUACAGAAGAGUGUGUACGGUACGGUGAAGGCCGUCGCCACGGUGUAUCUCGGCGAGAUCUUGCCCACUCGUCUCCGUGCUUACGGUGUUGGUCUCGGAGCUACCUCGCAGUGGCUCUUCAGCUUUGUCAUUACUGAAGUGACUCCCCGUGCUAUCAACAGUGUCGAGUGGAGAACUUGCCUCAUGUUUGCCAUCUUAUGUACGGCCAUGGGUAUCUUCGUCUCCAUCGUUAUCAAGAAGACCAAGGGAAGAACUUUGGAAGAUAUGGAUCUUAUCUUUGGUGCUAUUGAUGAGGAACAGCGACAGGUCGUGGAGAAUACCUUGCACAAGAACGAUAUUCAUGCAGAGCAUGUGGAUGGGGAUAAGGAUCUCGAUCACAAAUAA